UCGGCAUUUCAUUCUAAGCCUCUGUGCGAAGACGAAAGGAUGGGACAUCAAUUCUCCGGGACAAUGCGAUCAUUUCUUCUUAUUUUGACGCUGUCCACGUGCUGUCUCAUGGCUGCUCCACCUGAUCUUCAAGCAAGAAUUGAACAACUUGAGAAAAACUAUGUCGAAAUUAAAGAACAUUUGCAAGCCAAAAUUAUUGAUUUGGAGAUGAAAGUCGGUCGACUGGAAGCCAAAAUUGAAAUACAAGAUUCACUUUUGGCUGUUCUAGAAAAAGGACAUGACCCUUUGAAAGAGAAUGUCGAAAUCCGUCGUCAGAUCGCAACUCAUCGUACUUGCCAUGAAAUCGUCGCCGCCAAUCCGUCGUCCCCGUCCGGUAUGUACUGGAUUGAUCCAGACGGCCAUGGCAUCGGUGAUCCACCAAUCCACGUUCAUUGCGACAUAAAGGCAGCCGAGGCGAAUGGUGGUAACUGGAAGUUUGAUCCUGUCAAAGGCACAACAUCCAUUUUGCAUGACAGCCAGUCGCAAAUGGGCAUUGGAAAUUGCACAGAACCUGGAUGUUACUCGAGGCUAAUCAAUUAUUACGCAAGCGAUAGACAAAUCGAAGCGUUGAGGCAAUUGUCCGAAAACUGCGCACAAAUCAUCGUGCUCCAUUGCAGGAAUUUGCCGUUCAACUACAAUGGGACCGCCUAUUCUUGGUAUUACUACAAAAACGGCAAAAGGGAAACGUUUCACCGGAACACUGCCACAAACUCGUUGACAAAAACCAUUCUGAGAAGUUUUCGAUACACGGUCGUGGUCUUCAACCUGUUAUGCGCCUCCAUUAUAGCAAUCCGCUUAAUGGCUCCUUCCAGUACCAAGUGACGCCGUUCCGAUGUCAUGGAAAGGCAAAAACGGAGGCGAAAACGGAGGCGAAAACGGAGGCGAAAACGGAGGCAGAAACAGAGGCAAUGCCGAGAUCGUGCGAAGAUUUGCGGCGGAUGGGGCACACUCUCAACGGGAUCUACUCAGUCAGGGGAGACAAACAAAUAGAAACGGUUUUCUGCCAAUUUGAUAAACUACCUAAUGAACCAGGUUUCCAGAAGAAGAUUGGAUAUCAAGACAUAAAAACAAGGCCAAUAUACUUCUACGUACAGAAAGACAAACAUUUUUCGCAAAGUGACGUUCCACUUCCGUUUGAGCGUAGCUUAGUCAACAUUGGAGGAGCCAUGGAUUUGCCAAGCGGCGUAUUCACAGCACCCGUCAACGGAACUUACUUCUUUUCUUUUACUGGACUCGCGCAAUUUCCUAUGGUUCCAGUUCCAGUGCUAAGGGAACUAGGCGCGAACCUUUAUAAAAAUGGUGAAAGAAUAGCAAUCAGUCAAGUUAACAAAGGCCAGCUAUAUCCGGAUAAUCUAAAUCCAAUCACCGUUCAAAGUAUUGUACGUUUGCAAGCCGGAGACAAAGUAUGGAUCCAGAUAAGUAUUGGGAUCAAUGGGGGAUUUCUAUACGACGACAGGCAUGCGGAAGUGAACCCGGGUGCACACACGAAUUUUAAUGGGUGGCUUUUGGAAGAAGAAAUUUAAGCAACGCAAACGUUUUCCACAACCCAGUGUGCCAGCAAAUACUACGACCACAAACAAAAGGCACCAACGAACAUGAAAAGUCCUUCAAAUCCCAUUAUCAAUGUACGUUCAUGUCUCUGUAGGGACAUUGUAGUCUUGCAAACAGCAAUUACCUGGCUGUUUUACCAACUGCACAUGUGUGAAUCUCAUUCUAUAUGAUUGCUGAACAUGUUUUUGCCAUCCCUGUUUAUUUUCAGGAUUGAUUUGCGUGAUGGAAACUGAGCAUGAUGAAAUAAUGU